CGCUCAGUCAACAUUUGUUGAGUGAGUGUGUUACCUCAGGCGCAUGUUUCUGUGGGCCUGUCUGGUGAUCAUUGCUUAUUCACUUCUUCUUCAGCAAGCAAGUAUUAAGUGUCCAGAGUGUGCUCAGUGUACUCUAUGAAAACACGAAGAUACGUGAUAGUCUCCCUUCUUAAAGUUCUAAGCCAAGUAGUUCUUUUAAUGCAUGUUCCAGUUCUCAUAGAAGUAAAAUUCUGGAUGACCGGACAAAGCCAAAUGUAGCUCUUACCAGAAUCUUUUCUUUCUCUUUUAUGCCUUGAAAAAUGUGUAACGUUCAUUGGUGAAUUAGGAUUUCAUUAUUUCAAAGAACAUGUAAGGUCUUUGACCAGCAAAUAACUGAAUAAAAUGAAAAAUGCUUCACUAUAAUAGGAAUCAGGAGAAGACAAAUUAAGAGACCAUCUAUACCCAUCAGACUGGCAGAAAUUGAAACACUUGACAAUAUCGUGUAAAAGAGAUGAAUUGGUAUCAUUUAAGGGAGAGAAAUUUGACAGCUGAAUAUGCACAGACCCAGUGACGCAGCAAGGACAUUGCUAAUUAUUUACCUUGCACACACUUUCACAUGUGUGAUAAGGAGCUAUGUACAAGAGAGUUUACUGCAGUCUCCUUUGUAAAAGCAAGAAAAGGGAAUCGUGUUUAACAACAGGAACAUGAAUAAAUUGUGUUAUCAUACAGUCAAAUAUUACACUCUGAUUAAAGUGAGUGAAUCAAAGAACAUUUGUCAACACGGAUAAAUUAGAAAACAAGACUAUAAGAAAGCUAAUUACAGAAGGAAAUGUACGGUAUGAUACAUUCAUUUAAAGUUUCAACUACAUGUAAACCAACAAAUAUGUUUUAUGGAUACAUACAUAUAUAUAAAAGUGCAAAAUUUGAGUUGAUAAACACCAAAUUCAGGAGAGGGGUUACUUCUGCGGAUGGAGGAAGGAGCGUGGUUCCAGGAGACUUCAAAGACGUCUGUAAUGUUUUCUGUUAAAAGUAGAAAUAAAUGGAGUAGCUAGUAAUCGUGAAAGCUGACAUUUGCUGGGUGUCAGGUAUGUUCUGCAUGCCUUAGUGUGUACUCAUUUAAACCUCACAGCUGCUCUGUGAGGAGAGUUCCUUGGGUGUCCUCAGUCUGCAGGUGGAGGAGCUGAGGAGGGCAGCAGGUAAUACCCUGCCCAGGGCCACCUAGCUAGGGAGCAGCAGAGAAGCACCUCACCUGGGCACCGAGCUCCAGAACCUGUGCUCCUCAUUGCUCUCAGCACCUGCAAAAUGUUAACUCGGCCAAAGGAGAGGGUGCACAAAAUGUAACAGCAAAAAGAGUUGUUGAUUUUUACUGUAAUGGAGGAUGUGUGUGCUUGUGUGUUUUUCUAACAAAAUCAUCAUCUAGCAGGAAGCAAUCAGGUAAUAAUCUAUAGAAGUAAGAAACAAUUUAAUCUAGAGGAUUUGUGUAGGUUUUUUUAACAAAAAUACCUUUUUGUUAAUAAGUAACAUUAAACUUCGUUUAGUGGUUGGCAGACAAACUCCAUUGUGUUGUCAGGUUCCUGUUAUGGUCAGUUAAGGGAGAGAAGCUUGGUUACAGAGGAGAAUGAAAGGGAUGAUGGAAAUAGUAGGCAGGAGAGUGGAACAAGUAGGGAAGAGAGCUUUCUAUACAAGGGGAUGAAGGGACUAGUACAGGCAGAGAGAAUGGAUUCUUCAGGAGAUAAAUCUCAGCCUCUGAAAUGCCCCAGAAGGUAAGUUGUUACUUUACUUUGAAAAGCUAAUCAUAGCUACCUUUGUACCAGAAGCUGUGCCCAAUGCUUUACCUGUUUUAAUCUUACAACACGGUGUUGUGAUUAGAUCUUGAGGUUGGUCUCAAUUUACAGAAGAGGAAAUUGCAGUUCAGAGAAAGUAAGUAACUUGCGUAAGGGCACAGUUAGUGAAUGACAGAUCUCUGAUCCAGUUGCAGAGCCCGAGCUCUGAACUGCUGUAUUAACUGAUUGGUUUCUAAGCACAUUUCCUCAUUUUGUUGGAGUAGGCAUAGCAAUUCUUUGAGGCAAAAUUACUUCCUGGACUUUCAGCCAUGUCACCCAGGAGUAGAUGAUACGAGGUCACAGAAAGAAUUAGAAUAAUAGCCUUGGGUCAAAAAGACAUCACAGAUUGCAGCAGAGAAUAUUGGAAGUGAAAUCGCACCCAGUGCCACUCGAUUUAGGCUAGAUAUGCUGAAAAACAAAGCAAAGAGAUCUUUAACAGAGUCUUUGGAAAGUAUUUUGUCCCGGGGUAAUAAAGCCAGAGGCCUGCAGGAACAUUCUGCCAGUCUGGAUCUGGACAGCUCCGUGUCCAGCACAUUAAGUAACACCAGCAAAGAGCCGUCUGUGUGUGAAAAGGAGGCCUUGCCCGUCUCUGAGAGCUCGUUCAGGCUCCUUGGCUCUUCGGAUGACCUGUCAAGUGACUCAGAGAGCCAUCCCGCAGAAGAGCCCGCCCCGCUCUCCCCGCAGCAGGCCUUCAGAAGGCGUGCAAACACCUUGAGUCACUUCCCUGUGGAAAGCCACGAACCUCCGGAACCUGCCCAGGGGUCUCCAGGGGUCUCACAAAGAAAACUUACGAGGUAUCACUCAGUGAGCACAGAGACGCCUCAUGAACGAAAUGUGGAUCAUCCACCUGUUGGCGAGUCUAAAAGUUGCUCAGGUCAGUCUUCAGCUCCUGCUCCUCCACCUCGUCUUAACCCCUCCGCCUCCUCGCCAAAUUUUUUUAAGUACCUAAAACAUAACUCAAGUGGAGAACAAAGUGGGAAUGCUGUGCCAAAGAGCAUCUCCUACCGUAAUGCCCUGCGGAAAAAACUUCAUUCUUCUUCCUCUGUGCCAAAUUUUCUAAAAUUUCUGGCUCCUGUAGAUGAAAAUAACACCUCUGACUUUAUGAACACAAAAAGGGACUUUCAAUCCAAAGCCAACCAUCUCAGGGAUGCCAGUGGGACCCCCGUAAAGACACGGAGACACUCGUGGAGGCAGCAGAUAUUCCUCCGAGUGGCAACCCCCCAGAAAGCGUGCGAUUCUCCCGGCAGAUAUGAAGAUUAUUCAGAGCUGGGAGAGCUUCCGCCGCGAUCUCCGUUAGAGCCGGUUUGUGAAGAUGGACCCUUUGGCCCAGUACCAGAGGAAAAGAAAAGGACAUCUCGCGAGCUCCGAGAACUGUGGCAGAAGGCUAUUCUACAACAGAUACUGCUGCUCAGAAUGGAGAAGGAGAAUCAGAAGCUGCAAGCUUCUGAAAAUGAUUUGCUGAACAAGCGCCUAAAGCUUGAUUAUGAAGAAAUCACUCCUUGCCUUAAAGAAGUAACUACUGUGUGGGAAAAGAUGCUCAGCACUCCAGGAAGAUCAAAAAUUAAGUUUGACAUGGAAAAAGUGCAUUCGGCAGUUGGGCAAGGUGUGCCACGUCAUCAGCGGGGUGAAAUUUGGAAAUUCCUAGCACAGCAAUAUCACCUUAAACACCAGUUUCCCAGUAAACAGCAGCCAGAGGACACGCCGUACAAAGAACUCUUAAAACAGCUCACCUCCCAGCAGCACGCAAUUCUUAUCGACCUCGGACGAACCUUUCCAACGCAUCCAUACUUCUCUGCCCAGCUAGGAGCAGGGCAGCUGUCCCUUUACAACAUUUUGAAGGCCUACUCGCUUCUAGACCAGGAAGUCGGAUAUUGCCAAGGCCUCAGCUUUGUAGCAGGCAUUCUGCUGCUUCACAUGGGUGAGGAAGAGGCGUUUAACAUGCUCAAGUUUCUGAUGUUUGACAUGGGUCUGCGGAAACAGUACCGGCCGGACAUGAUAAUUUUACAGAUCCAGAUGUACCAGCUCUCGAGGCUUCUUCACGACUACCACAGAGACCUCUACAACCACCUCGAGGAGCACGAGAUCGGCCCCAGCCUCUAUGCCGCCCCCUGGUUCCUCACCGUGUUUGCCUCACAGUUCCCACUGGGAUUUGUGGCCAGAGUCUUUGAUAUGAUCUUUCUUCAGGGAUCCGAGGUCAUGUUUAAAGUGGCAUUAAGUUUGUUGGGAAGCCAUAAGCCCUUGAUUCUGCAGCAUGAAAACCUGGAAACCAUAGUUGACUUUAUAAAAAACACACUACCCAACCUGGGCUUGGUGCAAAUGGAAAAGACCAUCAAUCAGGUGUUUGAGAUGGACAUCUCUAAACAGUUACAAGCUUAUGAAGUUGAGUACCACGUGCUUCAAGAAGAACUUAUCGAUUCCUCCCCUCUCAGUGACAACCAAAGAAUGGACAAAUUAGAGAAAACCAACAGCAGCUUACGCAAACAGAACCUUGACCUCCUUGAACAGCUGCAGGUGGCAAAUGGUAGGAUCCAAAGCCUCGAAGCCACAGUUGAGAAGCUUCUGACCAGCGAAAGCAAGCUGAAGCAGGCCAGCCUUGCCCUAGAGCUGGAGAGGUCAGCCCUGCUGCAGAUGGUGGAGGAGCUUCGGCGGCAGACUGCACAGCCAGGCGGUGCCGACCCUGACCUCACACAGCCCGAGCCCACAGGCGACUGACAGCACAGAGGACAGCACCCUGCCAGAGCAUGGCUCCCGAGGAGACCCUGCAACACCAUCCCAACACUGUCCAGGCCUUAAUUGAGAAACACAGAGGAUGCUGGAGGGAGAGAACGAAGCGUGAAGCGUGCUUCUCAGGGAGGAAACUGGCUUGCCAGCAUGCAGAUUCUUCUAAACUAAAACUUGCAAUUCAGGGGGGCGAAUGUCCCGGUGUUUUUGUUGUUGUUUAGGUUCUAAUUUGUCCCUUCUCUGGUCCUGAUUCCUGUACUCAGUAGAUUUAGAUGGCAUGGACGUGAAUAAAUGCACCUUUGUGUUUCCAUGUUGUUUCUUUUUUCGAUUUCACUCUUUGUAAAGAGCAUCCGUAGUACUGUGGAGCUGCAAAAGCAGGAAGGGCUCCAGGUCUUUCCUCUGGCGAAGACGUAGGUCCGUCGCUCUUCCAAGGAGGUUUGUGUGACUACACCCUCAGCAUCACCGGCAAGGCGUGCAGUUGGCCCUUGUCCAUUCUUGUUGCAGAAGGCCCAGAUGACCAUUGGGAAAGAGCAAAAGUGAUUUCUUUAAAUUUGACAUCUUGGAUUUGAUCACUAUCCUUGGUAUCUAAUGAUGUUUGUCUUUUUAAAAAAAUAGCAUUUUCAUACAUUUUUUGCUUAGCCUCUUAACUAUUGAUCCAAAGUCAUUGUCAAUAAAUGUUUUAUGGGAAAAUCACCAUUUUUAAGGCUCUACCAGGUAUUGCUAGCGUGUGACCCGCAGUUGUAGAGUCUGAGAUAUUUAUUUCUUUGUGGUGUUUCAUAUCCAUAUUUUAGAGUCGUAUAUUUAUUUUUGCCAUUGUUUGAUGUCAUGCAGCUGUGUGUCCCUUUGAGCCUCCAGCCCUUCAGAAUCUGUUUCCUUGCAGAAGUAGCAGCCAUAUCAGGACUUUUUAGGGGUGCCACAGAUUCUGGAACUUUCAAAAAAGACAUCAGCCUGAAAUUGCAAUCAAAUGUAUGGCAGCUGAGGGCAGUUUUUCAGAAGUAGGAUGUGUGUUUGAACAUAACUCACAACACAGUGACCCCGCUCCCUCAGGAAGAGGAGAACCCUGUGCCUUCAACAAGCAAAAAGCCACUCACAGUUGUCCUGGUUUCACCCGCUCCCUGUGUGAGGCCUCUCUCAGAGUGAGUUGUUUUCUUAUAAAGGAUCAGGUUAGAGAAGAACCAGGUAGGCAAGGAUCACUUGCUUGACAGCAGAAUCCUUUCUGGUCUUCAUCAUCAUCAUCGCUUUUAUUCCACAGGAGUUUCUUUUGACUCCCUCAGUAGUGGGCGUGUCUUUUAAGCCUGAGGUGAAAGGAAGGAUUUUCAUAUUUGAAAUCAUUAUCGAUCUCUCCAGACAUUUCAAAGGGAGACAAAUGUGCCGCCACCAGGGCCUGAACAGUUGGUUGCCAUUUGGGACUCUUCCUGUCCUCGUGUCAGCGGAGAGCAGUUCCCUUCAUAAACCAAGAUGGCAAGUCCAGUAGCCUUUAUUCCAAGUUAUUCCACCAGAUAUAACUUAGAGGAGUUAACAUUUGAGGGCUCUUUCCACACGUUGUACUGUUUGAAUGUUUAAUAAUGUUGAAUUUUGGAUAUCUUAUCAUUACUCAAAAACAUUGACUCUGUAUUAAAUAAGAAGAAAGCAAUAAAACAAAUAAUUCAUA